AUGGAUAGACCGGCGAACAACCAAAUAGCGAUUGACCAAAGCAAAAAGCGUAAAACAAAACUGGAUAGUCAGUCAAAAAUAUUCAAAGGAAGAGGAAACUUAGUAACUUUACUAUCCAAAACUACAGUAAACAAGGUGAUUGAUGCAAUACUUUUGUGUAUGAGAAAAAUUAUUAGAACUGAAUUGGCUGACAAGCAGUUUAGCAUUCAAGUUGAUAGUACUCAAGACAUUGGAGCGGAAGAUCAAGCGCUUUUUCUUAGAUAUGUGGUAAAUAGUGAAAUUAAGGAACGGUUGUUUUCAGUUUUAAAGGUUAACGAUUCUUCUGGAAAGGAAUCAUUUGAUGGAGCAGCCAACAUGCGUGGUGAAUCUAAUGGUCUCCGUGCGCACAUACAAAAAGAAAAUCCAAAAAGUGUAUAUGUUUGGUGUUAUGCUCAUACAUUAAAUUUAUGUAUUUGUGACACAUGUUCAAAUAUAGCUGCUAUAAAUUUGUCUGGACUGCUUAAUCGGCUGUCAACAUUCUUUUCAGAAUCAUAUAAACGUAUGGAUAUAUGGAAGAAAAAACAAGAACAAGAAAAGGCUUUAAAAUGGAAAUUUAAAGGAGAUGACAAUUUAUAUGCUACAGUUAUCAGUGCUCUGGAUUAUGUUAUAAUGACCUGUGGUACAUUUGAUUCAAAAACCUCUUCAGAAGCCAUAUCUUUGAGGGAUAAACUAUGCGAAUUCCAAAUCAUAUUAACUGCUCACCUUUUUUUAAACAUAUUUUCCACAGUUGGUCUUACUUCAACAUAUUUACAAUCAUCCAACUUGAAUUUACUGUCUGCCUGGGAAAUGGUUGAAAAAACGAUUAAACAUAUUUCUACAAUAAAUUUUGAAGAUAUUUUUAAUGAAGCAGAACAGUUUUCAGAACAAAUGAAUAAUAGUUUAGAGGAUCUUAAACUGUCUGAAAAUGUAAUUGUUGAGUGUGAAUUACCUCAACCUCGUAUUAGAUCAAAAAACGAAUUGCCGAUGAACUGUGUAGAGAUGAAACUCCACUUAAUGUGA